AUGGAGUCUGCCAUUCGGGAGCGUGUUGAACACUGGUUCGCCAAGCGAAGAGGCGAGGACGGAGAGGAUGCCAAUGGAGCCUCUUCUUCCGCAUCGGGGAAAGACGAGGAAAUGAUGAAGGCCGCAGGGGAGGAAAUGGUGGAACUGAUUCUCGAUGGACGCCAGUUCAAAUCUGUGGGUGAAGAAGCAGCUGCCCUCCUGCAAAAAUUGACGGUUCUCGGGAAGUUGACUUGCAACCAAACGGGCCUGCACUCUAUCGAGGGCUUCCCGGUCAUGCCCAGUGUCAAGACACUCGAACUGACGGACAACCACAUCUCUGGCGGACUCGAGGCUCUGGUCAAAUCCUUCCCAAACAUCAAGCGACUGCAGUUGGGCGGAAACUACUUCCGAAACUUCGAGGUUCUGGAGCCUCUGAAAGGGCUCGGCAGCCUCGAGCACUUGGGCUUGGACAUGAGUCCUAUCAGCAACCAGAGCGACUAUCGUCAGAAGGUUUUUGAGAUGUUCCCGCGUCUCCUUGUCCUCGAUUCGACUGAUAAGGACGGAAAGGAGGUCGAGGCGGCCGACUCUGACGAAGAAGAUGAGGAAGAGUAUGACGACGACGAAGAAGCAGAUACCACUCUGAAGGAUUUCUACGAGAAGGAUCUGGAAGACGAGGACGAGGAAGAUGAAGACGACUUCAACCCAGACGGCGAAGAAGAAGAGGACGAAGACUUCGAUGAAGAAGAGGAAGAGGAUGGGAUUGAGGGAGACGGGGCGGCGGACGGCGAGGAGGAAGAUGCAAAGGAUGCAGACGGGAAGAAGAGGAAGAACGAUGCCGCUGUCUCAGGGGAGGGAGAGAACGACUCGGCGAAACAUCCGCGUCUGAGCUAA